CAUAAAGUGAGCAUAUAUUUACAAAUUGGGGUAUCUGUUAUAUACGUACGAGAAACGUGAAAUUACAAAAGAUGUAUAAGGAUAUACUUUAUCCUAGCGCAGUUGUACCAGGAUCUUAUCAACAUGUAGGCAAAUCGCCAGGUUCUAAUCAUCUAUUUCGUGCUUUCGAAGCGAGAAGGAAACGAGAUGAGGAAGAAAAAUUGCGCGAAGAAGCAGGAUCCAAACUAUAUCAGAAGAACUAUAUGUUUAUGAUGUAUGAUACUCAUGUAGAGAAAAAACGAAUUCAGAGAAAAAUACAAGAAAAAGUUGAACAAAAGGUACAAGCUUACGAAGAAAGCGUCAAUAAGCGGAGAGAAAAGUUACAGAAGAUGCUUUGUGCCGAAGAAAGACAAUUUUAUAAUGAAACCGUGGAGAUGGCACAGCGAGGAGAUGAAAUGCGCAUGGAGAAUAUGAAGAGAACGGUGGAACAACUUCGGGCAAGAAGAGAGGAAGAAAGACUGAAACUAGUCAAACAAAAGAGAAUUGAGCAAUACAUAAAUCGAUGUCAAGAAUUGAAACCUACUCUCAUAAAAAAACAUCUUAUUGAAUCUAAACAAGUACAACUUCAACAGAUGAGGGAAAAUGAGGCAAGAAGGGAAGCGAACAGGGAGCUGGAUAGAAUGUGGAAUGAGUUGAAUAAGAAGGAGAUGCAAAUGAAGGUAGAAAGGGAGGAACGCGAACUUUUAGCUGCAAAAGCUAGACAAUUAAACCAAAAUGAAAUACUGGACAAACAAAUUCGUGGAAAGCAACUACUUAAAGAUAAAGAAAAGAAAGUCAUGAUGGAAGAUAAAAUAGAAAUGGAGAAAGUCAACGAAGAAAUGCGUUUGGAAAAAAUUAAAAUAUUGAAGGCUAAAAGAAAAGACGUCGAGUCAUUGCGUGAGAUACUUCUCAAUCAAAUCCGUACAAAUACUGAGAUUAUGGAGAAGCGUAAAAGAGAAGAGGACGCUAUUGAUCAAGCUUAUGUUCAGUUGAGUAAACUCGAGUUGGAAAGAGAACAAGCUGAAAUUGAAGAAUCUAUAACUCAAGCAAGAAAAGAAACUGCUAUGUACAAAGAACAUCUGAAAGAGUUGGAAAUUAGAAUGAAACAAGAAGAGGACGAACUGAAUAGGUUAUUAGAAGAAUAUAGACAAGCGAUACAAAGAAAGCAAGAUGAGGCAAAAUGUAAAAUUGCGGAAGCUAAGAAAGCUUUACAAUGUGCUGUACUUAAAGGCAGAGACGAACAACUGGAGUACAAACGAAAAGAAGCAGAAAAUCAAUUGAAACUUAAGCAGGCUGAAAAUGAAAUGAUACGUUUUAUAUUCGAACGUAACGCAUGUUUGCAAGCUGAGAGUGACCGUCUUGAACGCGAAGCUGUUAAACAAUAUAGAGAUGAUUUGAAGAAACAAAUUGAUUAUAAUAAUAUGUUAAGGGAAAAAGAAAGGCAGGAACUUGAACGUCAAUUAGAGAAAGGAAAGGAAGAAGAAGAACGUUACCAAAAAUUAGUUCAAGAAUUGAUUAUAAAGGAAACUGAAAUGCCUGAGUAUAAACAUCCAUUUAAAAAAGUUUUGGAACAAUAUGAUUGCAGCUGCGAUUUCCCUAUACCCUAAUAAUAAUUAAAUUUGAAAACAGUUUCAAAAAAAA